AACAACACCUAUCAGAUAUCGACCGGAUCCACCAGUUAUUAAAAAAAUUCGUUUAAAAAGUAAACAUGUCCCGUAGAGCACGCCCUCUGACGUCUGCCCGUGUACUGCACAAGAUUAAGGAGCUGACAAAGCCGGCAAGCGAUGCAAACUACGUGAUUAAUAGGAAUCCGCGCAAUUUGGAGAGGUUACGUAUUGCCUACAAACCCGGCGGGUAUCACUUAGAGAAGCCUGGCCGUUCUUAUUGGCACACUCUUGAGAUCACCACUAGUGGGCGUUAUGUCAGUGCGGAUGUAAAACACUACGAGAACGGCAAUAUUCUCAGCGCCAGCACAUCUGAGUGGGCCAUUAAGCAGCAGUUGUACAAAACCAACGACACUUCGGCAUUUGUGAACCUGGGACGCGUGCUCGCCCAGCGCUGUCUUCAGGCAGGUAUAACAGAGAUGACCUGCAACAUUAAGCCUGUGCCCGGUAGCAAACUGGAAAAAUUGCUUCAAGCUGUACAGACGAACGGUGUCAGUUUUGAGGAGCCUACAAGACUACCAAACACUCAACCCUGGGAUGCUUAUCGACAUGAGAAACCUUGGGAAGUCUUUGAACAAGCGGAAAUAGCAAAAGCCACAACAACCCAACCGAAAUAAAAUUUAGUUUUCUUUCGGAUUUUGUUUCGUUUAGAAUAAACGUUUAUUUUUAUGCUAA